AUGCUGGCUCGAUCCCUUCUUCGCGCCGCGCCCACGCGGGCCAUUGCACGCCAGAGCCUCCGUCAGAACUCGCGGGCAUCAUCCACAUCAUCCGGUGCUGAGAACGCGAGCUCUCCGUUCUAUCUGACUGCGACCGCUGCCGCUGCCACCGCCGUCACCAUCGCGACUACCGGCUGGUACUACCACUUGUAUGGCCAGGAAGCGUUUGCCAUGACUCCUGCUGAGGAAGGAUUGCACGCAACUUCGUACCCAUGGGAACACGCCAAAUGGAAUAAGACUUUCGAUCAUCAAGCUCUUCGACGUGGUUUCCAGGUCUACCGUGAAGUUUGCGCCAGUUGCCAUUCCCUCACCCGUGUGCCAUGGCGUGACUUUGUUGGUGUCAUGCACACCGUCGAUGAAAUGAAGGCUAUGGCUGAGGAGAACGAAUAUGACACAGAGCCCAAUGACGAGGGUGAAAUCGAGAAACGCCCCGGAAAGCUCUCUGACUACAUGCCGGCCCCUUACAAGAACGACGAGGCCGCCCGUGCUGCCAACAACGGUGCUCUUCCUCCCGAUCUGAGUUUGAUCGUCAAGGCUCGUCAUGGUGGCUGCAACUACAUCUUCUCUCUGCUCACCGGUUACCCCGAUGAACCUCCUGCUGGUGCUUCUGUCCAAGAAGGACUGAACUUCAACCCUUACUUUCCUAACACCGGUAUUGCCAUGGCUCGUGUUCUGUUCGACGGUCUUGUCGAAUACGAAGAUGGCACUCCUGCCACAACCUCGCAAAUGGCCAAGGACGUUGUUGAAUUCUUGAACUGGGCCGCCGAGCCAGAGAUGGACGAGCGAAAGAAGAUGGGAAUGAAGGCCCUCGCUCUUUCUGCUGGAUUGUUUGCCAUCAGCGUGUGGGUCAAGCGAUACAAGUGGGCUGCCAUCAAGGCACGAAAGAUUGUCUAUAACCCACCAGUGCGACGUUAA